CCCCGCCUUUACAAAAAUCUGUCUCAGGACGUCGUCUUCACAAUAAUAGCCAACUUUUGUUCCCAAAAAAAAUUCCUAAUAUUUUUUGAACAUGUAGCUAAUAUUUAUCAAUUUAGUUGAUUUUAUUAACCAGAAAGGGCAUCAUGUUGCUCCCUUCCGACAUAGCUCGGCUUGUUUUGGGGUACCUGCAGGAAGAGGGACUGUUUGCCACAAGCCAAGCUUUCAUCCACGAGAGCCCAAACCUGAAGGAGUACGCCGARUACAGCACAGGAGAUGGGACUGUUCCUGCCUGUGUUUUUUCUAUUUUUGGGAAAAACUUGACAACGAUUUUAAACGAGUAUGUGGCUGUCAAAGCCAAAGAGURUGGUCAUGAAGUCCCUCUUGUGAUGACUUCGCUGUGGAAAAAACUUGAUUUUACUCUCAACCAAAUCAAAUCAUUGCAGAACGCUCCUUCUAUUUCCUCAAGUCAGCGGACACGUUCGCGGAUGGGGGUUGCAAAUAUGGCGAGGCAGCGGGUCYUGGCCGUGGCGUCUGCAGGCGGAGUCGUCUGCUCUUCCGUUUCUGAAACGAGCUCCAUCAUCAGCCCCUCGCUCACCUCCCACAGCAUGCUCAGCCACUCCACGCCCGUGAGCUGCACUGGCACRCAGGCCAGAACCACCCCUGCUGGUGGUGCCCAGCAGCUCGUCCAGGAUGGCAGCCGAUUACUAAAYACGCCCAGGGAUUCUUCUAUACAAGCCAUUGUUUCAGAGCACCGGCUGAAUUCAGGCCCAGCUUCUCCUGCUCGACGGAAAUGGGAUACCCCCAGGAAGAGAAGUGGUCUCGGCGGGUCUAGUGGUCCCAGCAGAUCCACCACAGCUGUCGGUAGCCUCAAUGCAGAAGCCGAACCUGAAGAGGUUGUCGAUGAGAACUUUCCUCAACUUGUGAUCCAAAAUGCACGGGACAAGAUUUUGGGAGACAGACUGUUACAAGAGAAACUUGCAGAAAACAUCAACAAAAUCCUCGCCAGUGAGCCAACACCUCMAACGUCAAAGGUCACAGUGGAGGCAGAGCAGUCCAUAGAUGAGAUUCUUGGAUUACAGGGGGAAAUCCACAUGAGCGACGAUGCCAUCCAUGACAUUUUGGAGCAAACAGAGUCAGAUCCAGCUUUUCAGGCCCUCUUUGACCUCUUUGAUUGCAAUAAAACUAAAUCUGCUGACGGAGAAGCUAUAGAUGGAGACACAAGCAGCAGUCCAGAAGUGAAUGAGACGACUGGAUCUUUGUGUGCAGUCCAGCCCCUUCAAAGUAACAAUCCAGAUCCUCCACAACAAGAUCCAAAUGUUUCUGAAGCGCUGCCAGCCACGCUGAAGAUGAGACCUGGACCAGAGCGCAAGACCAGGAAGUCUGCUGUGCCAACUUUAAUAAAGAAAACGGUUCUGGACUCCAGGGGCAGGGCGUCUAGAAUUGAAAACAGCGCAGCCAGACUUUUGGUGAGUCACGGGGAGCCCAGAGGUUCCUUGUCCAGUUCAUUGGACUCCAACAGAAAAGAAGAACCCUCACUUUUAAAYAAUAAUGCAAGUGCAACACACAUGGAUAUUGAUGAGCCACUUCAUACACCUCCCCCUCCGUUAGACAGUUUGGWCACUCAGGAGCCCACCAGAACCUCCACCAAUAAAUCAGCCCCUGAUCCUUUUGGGAAAGGUUCUGCUCCAUUUGCUGAAGAGACUUUGACCCUGAAUGUAGAAAAAAUCCAARCCCAAGGCUCGAAUGAGCACCCUGCCACACCUUCAUCCUCCAUCAGCGAUCAGCCUCAGGUGCUGUCUUCAGUGGACGUUCAGGUUAACAACAAUCCAGUGUUGACUGCUAACAUACCUCAAACGUCAGCUUCAACCACUGAUGAAARCAUUUUCUCAGGACCAUCUGUCUCUGCAGCUGUUGCGCUCGCAGCUGCCUCGUCGUCAUCAGCUGCCGCUCACGUACCGGGCUGCUCGCCUACGUCUGCCUCCACCUCCGUAACUCUUACAGCUACAGCUGCUUCAUCCACGCCUUCCCCACCUGCAUUGUUCUCCUCCUGCGCUCCUUUUUCAGCAACACCCGACCCUUCGUCCACCGGCCCCUGCGCCCCGAGCAGACCUGCAGACCCCAGCAACAUAGUGUCUUUAAAGAUCAUCGUAAGCGACACCCAGGAUGAGGGUUCUUCCGGCRAUGCAGCCUUGAAUCAGGCCAUUUCGAGCAUUUCCGSCGAAAAGAUGCCCACCAUCUACAUGUCUUCUCCAGCUAAGUCCCCCAGAUGUCCUCCCACCCCAAAAGCCAAUUUUGAUGAGGCGGCACAGGCAGUGAGUGGCUUACAAAGCUCUGAGGUGUAUGGUAGUCCACUUGGCUGUAGGGCCGCGGCUGUGUGCUCAACCUCAUUAAGUGSGACAGGACAGACCCCACAAAGAUACAUAAUUCAGGUCCCAGCAGACCCCACCAAUCCUGGACUYCAAGGAUCCGCCGCCAGCUAUUUCUUUGUGACUCCAGCUGCAGAUGUUCAAGCCACACAGAUGUUACUUCCUGUUGGUGUCUCCAGUGGACAGCCUGGGGUGACCACACCCACUCACACCCAGAACAACUCCACAGGUUCAGCGCUCAUCUUACCUUCACCUUUGAGUCCUGUGGUGCUUCCUAUGUCUGUUCUGGAGCAGAAUACAGUCGGGAAGGUCCCACUGAUGCCCAACCAGCUUGAUCACGUGUCAAACUCAGUAUCACAACAACAGAAAGAAAUGAUCAUACCCAAACCCACCACUGUAGCAACCAAACCUUCUCCAGSUUCAGGAGCUGAUAAAAAUGCAGCUUCUACGGUGGUUCAGCCUGAACACGGAGGCCAACAGGACCCAGCUAAAGGUCCCAGUCACAAGAGGAUUUUAUGUUUUGACUCUUUGUUGUCAGAAGUUCAGUCACAAACUGCUGCUCCAAGCGCAUCUACGUCACAACCUGUGCAGCAGUCUGAACAAGAUAAGAGGACAAAACCGAAUAUUUUGGGUGGCAACAAACCAAAGAGGAGGAUAGAACCGGUCCGAUGUUCGGCAGAUCGCAGAGUUGGUUCACUGAACGAGCCUGCUCCUUUACAAACGCAGGAGAAAGAUCUCGUUAAAAAAACCUCUCGCAAACAGGUUUACAACAUUCAUAACAGCGACAGGGUUUCACUGCCUGAAUCUGAGAAAAACUCUGAAUCUGCUGGCAGWUUGCGCAGAUCUGAAACAAACGAUGAUGCUAAAGCCAAGGAUGCCCAGAGCUCCAGGUCGUCUGAGUCUGCACUGAAAUCAGGAAGUACAAAGGACAAAGGAGGAGAGGAGAAGAGCAGGAAAGAAGCUGCAGACAAGGCUCCUUUGAAAUCCCGUGAGGGACGGAUAGAGAAGAGGCCUCCCUCCCAGGAGGCCCCGAGUGUCACCGCUAACAAGGAGAAUGAAAUGAAGGAGCAGCAGCCAGUACCUUCCUCCUCAGCAUCAGGAGACUUCAGUCCUCCAGCUGUCCCCCGGCUGCCGUCUCAUACACCAACCAAGACUACAAAGCCUGCAUCAAAAGCGAGCUCUCUGGCCAAACAGGCAGCUGAGAUGCUGCAAGACAUUCAAGGACUCCACUCUCCUGUUAAAAAGGCCGGAGCUGGCGGUUCAGACCUCACUCAUGGGACGAGUGAAACCCGCGAGGCUCUUGCCGAUUCUCCCAGAACUCUUUCUGGACAGAAAAGAGGUAAAGAUGGCGAGGGGACCCCCAAGCACCCGACCCCGACCAACGUCCCGGACGUGCCCACCUGCAGCCCCGCCAGUGAAGCCGGCAGCGAGAACAGCAUCAACAUGGCCGCGCACACGCUGAUGAUUCUCUCGCGUGCCGCCAUCGCCAGGACCGGCACCCCUCUGAAGGACAGCAUGCGCCAGGAGGGGGCGGGAGAGAAGUCGCCCUCGAGCUCAAGAAACUCAAAGAGACGCAAACAGUCUUCUCCUUUGGACAGCCCUCCUGCGAAGAGGGAGUCGAAAAGAUCCCCUGCUCAAAAGAAAGACCGGCAGGAAAAGAAGAAACUUGUUGAUUGUUUUCCUCGUGAUCUGGAUGUGGAUAAGUUCCUGUCUUCUCUUCACUACGACGAAUGAAACUGAAGACAGAACUACCAUUUAAUGUCUCCUUGGGUCACUGUCCAGGAAUAGAACAAGCCAUCUGCUGUUAGUAAUGAUGCCUUAUAAAUUUAAAGCUGCAAUGACUUCUUCAACUAUUGUGGAACUUUAUUGGACUGUUUUUCCACCUCAAAUUCAGAAUAAAAUAAUAGUUGAUGCAGCAGUGGGGCAACUGAGGCACUUUUCAUAUUGUAUUGUUUUAAUGCUUUAUUUUAAUUAUUCUGUUUUAAAGAUUUUGUGUAACAGAAUAGUUUUGAACACUUUGACAUACCACUUUGUUUUUGGUCAAUAUUUGACUUUUCUUUAAUUCAGUUAACACUGAGUGACAAAUUAAGAAUGUGUCCAGUAAUUUUAUUCAUUUAGAAUUAAAGUUAUUCAUAUAUUUUUGGGUUAGACACAUUUCUUUGAAAAAAAAUACAUUUUUGUACUAUAUACUGUACAGUAAUUUUGUUCACAGAAUCAGAUGGAGUGUUUCUCUUCACAUUUCAUUGAGUGCUGUAAUAAAAAUAAUUUUUCCUGCA